UCCUGGCAGGUGGAAUGGAGCUUAAGGACCUCUUUGGAUUCAUAUGACGCACAGAAAGUCCGGACUUUACGCAUAUUUAAAAAAAAAAAAGUCUAAGAGGGAAAAACGACUGACAUCAUGAAGUUGGAGGUGUUGUAUGGCAGUCAUUAUGACACCAAACAUCUAGAGAUGUGCAGUGACGCAGAGGGGAGCGUGCGCUCUCCUUUUUCCGCAGAGGAGGAGCUGGGGUCGGAUGGGGACUGUGUGGUGCACAGCCCUCCUCCACCUGUAACUCAAUGCGCAAUCCCUAAAUCCAAGCCAUACACACGGAGACCCAAACCUCCUUUCUCUUACAUCGCUCUCAUCGCCAUGGCAAUCCGGGACUCCCCAUCCGGACGUCUCACUCUGGCGGAAAUCAACGACUACCUGAUGAAAAGAUUUCCUUUCUUCAGAGGCAGCUACACCGGCUGGAGGAACUCGGUGCGCCACAACUUGUCCCUGAACGACUGCUUCCUAAAGGUGCUUCGGGACCCGUCCAGGCCGUGGGGGAAGGACAAUUAUUGGAUGCUCAAUCCUCAGAGUGAGUACACCUUUGCGGAUGGGGUGUUCCGGCGCAGGAGAAAGCGCAUCGAUAAGAAGGAGCAAAGGGCAGAGGAGGCGCAGAGCGCGCAGCAGCCUGAACGCGCCACAAAGACGGACGUCAAGUUUACCAGCUCGUUCGCCAUAGAGAGCAUCCUCAGCAGGCCGUUUAAGAGGGGCACUAACAACGAUUCCUUACGGAUGCAUCACUCCUACAGCUGGCCGAGCUACACUGAACUAAUGAUACCUCACUCACAUACACCUGCUGCCUCUUCUUCACACGCCAAGGCGCACAGCCACGUGGAUUCCUUUGGUGCGCAUGUGUCAUAUGACGCUGCACUGCUCACACAAACACUUGUGAGAAAUGAGAAUUUGGACUCUUUCUGGUGAUGAAGAAUCAUCAGCGUGCACUGAUGAUGGAGUCAGCAGGGGGGACACUUUUAUAGUGGCUAGGUGUUACACUUUUUUAUUAUUAUGCCUUUGGUCAUUUCCAAUCAAAGUACCAUUUUAUUUUUCAUUUUAUACACUUUUGUUUUUUAAGUGUCAUUGAAACGACUGUUAAUGUUUUUGUUUGUCUGACAAACAUGCUGAAAAUAUGCACCUUGACUGUUUUUCUCCUCUUCUUUUA